CGAAACGCACCCUCGACUCACCGAGCAGAAGAACCGCAGCCGAGCGCAAUGGCCUAUUUAACGAGCACGUUUGAUGCCAACAUCACCAAUAGGAUGAUCCGACCUGCAUUUUACAGUUCUGGCGAGAAAAUGCUGGGUUGGGAUGUGCCCGUGAACAACAUUGACGAAAUCCCGAAACACUGGCUCUCUUUUCCUGUCGUCGACACCUACCUGCACUACGGCAUCGCCAUAAUUUACGUAUUCCUCAUGAUCAUGUCACUUUUUGGAAACGGGAUGGUUAUUUGGAUCUUUAUAACAACAAAAUCAUUGCGAUCGGCGUCCAACUUUUUCGUCGUUAAUUUGGCCAUUGCCGAUUUCAUCAUGAUGCUCAAGGCGCCGAUUUUCAUUUACAACUCCAUGUUCGAGGGGUACGCGCUAGGAAAGUUUUGGUGUCAAGUUUUCGCAACAAUGGGAUCCUAUUCCGGGAUCGUGCAGGCCCUGACCAAUCUUUGCAUUGCUUACGACAGAUACAGAAAUAUCUCGAGCCCUAUGGACGGGCAAAUGAAAAAAUUGAAUGCUAUUAUUUUUGUCAUCUUGACUUGGGCUUACGCCACUCCCUGGACUUUGAUGCCCCUUUUGGAAGUCUGGAGCCGAUUCGUUCCGGAGGGAUAUUUGACCAGCUGCACAUUUGAUUAUUUGACUGAUACCUUCGAAAACAAACUUUUCGUUUUCUUUAUUUUUAUCUUCGCCUACGUCAUCCCCAUGAGUCUCAUCAUUUUCUUCUACUCACAGAUCGUCUCUCAGGUUUUCAACCACGAAAAAGCCCUGAGGGCGCAGGCCAAGAAAAUGAAUGUUGAAUCUCUGAGGAGUGGCGACCAAGCAGCAGUUUCCGCCGAAGUGCGAAUUGCGAAAACCGCCAUAAGCAUUUGCGGAUUAUUUGUUGCCUCCUGGACUCCUUACGCUGUCGCCGCUUUGAUCGGUUCUUUUGGAGACAAAGAACUUCUAACGCCUUCCGUUUCGAUGAUCCCUGCCAUCUGCUGCAAAUUGGUGGCCUGCUUUGACCCCUACGUCUACGCUAUCAGCCAUCCAAAGUUUAGGCUUGAACUUCAGGCCCGUUUCAGCUGCCUCAAAAUUAAUGAAAAAGCCCCAGAAAAAAGCGACGCCGCCACAGCCAACGCCACUGUUUCUACAUGAGCUGGCUGGUGCUUUUUUUUAUAAAAACGCAUCUUAGAUUUUAAAAAUUGUGUACUUUUAAAAUGCAAUUAUUUACAGAUGUAUCGUCCUUUAUGUUUGCAAUAAAAUGAUUCACAAUAAA